UGUGAGCAGUCUGAUCAUCCAUAGCUGUAGAAACACACCGGCAAAACUCCCAUUUUCUUUUAAGGACUAUUAAUUUUUCCCGCAAAAAACAAGCAUGAACCAUCGGAGUUGGGUAGAGAAUAAUCCGAUGGAAAAUGACUCCAUCUCCGAGAACGAGAGGCUACAGAUCGAGCAGAUUAUGGAGCUCGAAGACGAAGAAUUGGAAGUCGAAGAAGUGGAGGAAGAGGAAUUGUCUGACGAUGAGUAUAUUCGUGUCUCUGCAGGAGCUUCUGCGUCUGGUGAAUAUACAUAUGAUACCUCCUUAGUUACGUUGCAUUCGUAUCUUGGUGAUGUUGAAGACACUCACAGUAGGCUGGCAUUUCUGGAUGGUGGUGCUGUGCUGACCCUUCCCCUAUUUUAUCUUGAAGGUGUUGUUUUAUUUCCUGAGGCAACACUUCCCCUUAGAGUUGUUGUUCCUAAUUUGAUAGCUGGUGUUGAGAGAGCAAUGGGAGAAGCUGAUGCUCGUAAUACAAUUGGUGUGGUUCGUGUAUUUAGGGAUCCCAACAAUGGUAGGGUACGACUUUCAACAACUGGCACUACUGCAGAGAUUCGGCAAUAUAGGAGGCUGGAAGAUGGCUCCGUAAAUAUUGUUGCCCGUGGACAGCAGCGCUUUCGCCUGAAGCGUCGUUGGAUUGAUGUAGAAGGAUCGCUUUGUGGGGAGGUUCAUAUCAUUCAGGAAGAUGUGCCAUUAAGAACACCACGGGAAGUUGUUGGUAAACUGGCUCCAUUAAGAAAUUCUCAGGCAGAUAGUAUGUCAUCUACUCGUCACAGCUGUGAGGAAGGAAAUGAUUCUGAUGUGAUGUCAGAGGGAAGUUAUGAAAGUGAAGUUUCAGCAACAGAAAGAAGGCCGCAUCAAUAUGCUCUUGUAUCUUCUCAUAGUUCUGAGGUAUAUGAUGAAUCCAUAAGUAGCGAUGAUGAAAGAUCUGAGGAAUUUUAUGAAUGCCAAUCAGAAAGAUCUCCGUUAGACAACCAUACAAGACCAGUGCGGUUAGGACUCAACAAACAGAAGGCUGAUGACGGUGCUGGAGUUGGGAAGAGGUUGUUUUCGUACAAGCAACCUUCUAACAGGGUAGGAUGGGGAAAGCACUCCAUAGGUCGAUUUCGUGAUGUUCCAAGAGCAUUCUGGCCCAGUUGGGUCUAUCGCAUGUAUGACUCCUAUGUACUUGCGAGGAAGGCAGCAGAUCGCUGGAAAGAGGUCGUUAAAUCCCCAAAUUUGGACAGCCUUGUGAUUAAACCAGAUCUUCUUUCAUUCCAUAUUGCUAGUAAAAUUCCAAUAUCUGAUACAGCAAGGCAAGAACUCCUGGAGAUUGAUGGAACAACUUAUAGACUGCGGAAAGAGAUUGAGUUGCUGGAAAGUUUCGAUAAAAUUCGUUGUAAAACUUGUCAGACUCUCAUUGCAAAGAGAAGUAACAUGUUAGUGAUGUCUAGUGAUGGUCCACUUGGUGCUUAUGCCAAUCCUGGUGGUUACGUGCAUGAGGUGAUUACUCUCACCAGGACGGAUGGAAUAGCAGUAACAGGGCCUCCCACAAAAGAAUAUAGCUGGUUUCCAGGUUACGCGUGGUCAGUUGCUGAAUGCAUAAUGUGUGGAUCGCAAAUGGGUUGGUACUUCUCCGCUACAAAGAAGAAAAUGAGGCCUCAGGCAUUCUGGGGGCUAAGGAGUUCACAAGUGGUGGAUGAGACGCUCUAGAAACAGCUCUGUUGUGUGGAAAUUGGGUAUUUCCUGGUGAGGUAAUGACUCCACGAGACUCUUGCAUCCAUCGACAAAUCUUUCUUGCAGAUAAACACCUACUAUAAUGGUUUAGAGGAAAAGGGGUUUGGACAACUUUAGAUGAUGGUGUGUAGAUGGAAUCAUGGAAUCUAUAGAUUGUGAUAUAUACAUAUGCAUAUGUAUAAUGAAUAGGUUUUAGUGAUAUAGUUUAUUUUCAUCUGCGUA